GCUUCGUCGUCGUCGUCCUCGGCCGUGGCCGCGGCUCGCCACGAGGCUCCCCCCGCCAAAGAGUGUCCGGCGCCCGCGGCCUCUGCGACCGCCGCAGCACCCCCGGGCGCCCCCGCGCUGGGCUAUGGCUACCACUUCGGUAACGGCUACUACAGCUGCCGCAUGUCGCACGGCGUGGGCUUACAGCAGAAUGCUCUCAAGUCGUCGCCACACGCCUCACUCGGAGGCUUCCCGGUGGAGAAGUACAUGGACGUGUCCGGCCUGGCCAGCAGCAGCGUACCCGCCAACGAGGUGCCCGCGCGCGCCAAGGAGGUGUCCUUCUACCAAGGUUAUACGAGCCCUUACCAGCAUGUGCCUGGCUACAUCGACAUGGUAUCCACCUUCGGCUCCGGGGAGCCUCGGCAUGAGGCAUACAUCUCCAUGGAGGGCUACCAGUCCUGGACACUGGCCAACGGGUGGAACAGCCAGGUGUACUGCGCCAAGGACCAGCCACAGAGUUCCCACUUUUGGAAAUCAUCCUUUCCAGGGGAUGUGGCUUUAAAUCAGCCGGACAUGUGUGUCUACCGCCGGGGGAGGAAAAAGAGGGUGCCAUACACCAAACUGCAGCUCAAAGAACUGGAGAACGAGUACGCCAUUAACAAGUUCAUUAACAAGGACAAGCGGCGGCGAAUCUCCGCUGCCACGAACCUAUCUGAGAGACAAGUGACCAUUUGGUUUCAGAACCGAAGAGUGAAGGACAAGAAAAUUGUCUCCAAACUCAAAGACACGGUCUCCUGA